CUACGGUAUAACCAAUAGACUCCGCAGUACAGCUUUCACGUUCCGAGUGUGCGGUGUUUGUUCUGUUCCAUUCCGUCACUCCUUCGAACAUCUCUCACCACCAGUGAUGAUACUGUUAAUAAAUGGGAAUCCGUCGAUGGUGAACAAUUGUCGUAUUGUUGUUAACCGGCAGUGAUUCGAGUGAGUGGAGCAAGAGUUGCCGGACGCCGGACGCACCUAGGACCUCGACCUAUCAACACAAUUUCCAUUUUUUUUCCCCGUUCCCUCCCUCUGCGCCAAUUUUUGUGCCUUUUGUUCCGGGGCCAUUCGAGUGGAGGGAAGGAUUUGAAGAAAAUAAAAAUGGAGGGGAGACAGCCUGUGGGGAGCCUUGCUGAGGGAUGUGCAAAGGAAUAUCCGGGUUUUUAAUCGAUCACCGGGAAUAAUAGGGACGAAUCAAUAGCCCAGUGCCAACGACCUCGGAUCAUCAAGAUUUCAACAAAUGUGAUUGUGACGAGGGGUUUUUUUAAACUGUGAUUUAUCCGUGAGGAAUCCUCCGGGGAAUACUGUGAUCAGCUGUUCCUGCACGUUCCUCACGUCGGACCCAUCCAGAUGCCUCCGAUGCUGGAUCAUUGGAACCUGGGAUGCAAUCCGUCCAGUGUAAAACUGAAGAAUUUUAACGAUGCUAUCUUAUAUGCUACCAACGGGAGACAAACCACCACCCGGAGAAACCCAGUCCUGCACUCGUCUAACUCGAAUUCAAACACGUGGAGAUCAUCAGAUGACGCGCAAUGGAAUCAAUAAAACAUCACCAACAGCUACUACGAUGAUUACAACGACAUUAUCUACGAAUAGAAUUGAGAAUGACGCUAGUGAUAAUCGUUUGGGUAACGAGAUGAUCAGUGAGAGCCCUAAACACAAUGGUGGAACAACGACUACGAGAAAAUCGACACUCCAUACCUCUAGGAUAACCAAGGAUGACAGUUUGCACAGCAUCAAUAGCGAGGCGAGUACAGGUGGCAGUGACAGGAAGUCGAAAAUUGCUAAUGGCGCCAAACACGCUAGUCUCAAAAGGGUAUCCUUUGGAUCGAGCAAAGGCUCCAUGGUUGAAACGCUGGUGUACGAGACCCCGGUGCAGGAAGAACCGGAAAUCAAUCACUUUCCGGAGCAUAAUGGUCGGCUCCCGAUGAUGCCAGUGCCAGAUACCGACGAGGGGAGAGAGAAAGUGCGAGUUGCAUUUCUCGGCCCACAGCCCCAUCCCUCCACACCAGGCCUCCUACUCCUUGACCCUGUGUUACCCUCAUUGGGAUACCUCGACGCAAUGUCAACUGGACCUGCGGAACUCCUCACUACCCACACCGAGCACACAUCGCCUGCUUAUCAUGCUCAAAUCAGCGCUGACAGCGGUUGGGACAAUCCAUUCAGACCCGAUGGCGAUCUCUCCCGGGAGGCGGAUGAGAUCGUUGAAUUAAUAAAAGGUGGUAAACCAAUAACACCUACACCGGGACAAAAUGCACCGCCACUACCCGGUUGCGAUGGCAAACCCAGUGAUGAUCUUGAUUCGAGUACCAGUCCAUUGUUGAAUUCUGGUCAUGUUACUCAUGGCAAUGGGACAUCCCAUGGAAAUCAAAAUGCCAAGCAGCCCGUCAACGAGAAGGUUGCAUCUGCGACAAGUACCGCCACCGUCGAAGUUGGAAGAGUGACAGCGCAGGGGCCAGGUGAUGCGUCACAAGUGGAACACGUGACAUUGAAGAAAAAGCCCAAGUGCAAGUGUUGCGUACUACAGUAACCGAUGUGGUGUGAAGAAAAUUUACUGAAAAUUUGAAUAACGAUGAAAAUAAGAGGGCCAAGAGACUGAGGACACACGUCGUGGUCUCUAGUGCCCUCAGUCGAUGGGGAAUCUAUGAUUAUCGUUUAUCGAUGUAUCCUCGGUGCAUUGUUACUCCAACGAUUUGACCGAUCGUUCAGGGAGAAAAUGCAAAAAGUGAAAGAAAUUUUUUUUUAAUACUACAAUUCAUGGACCACCGAUGUCCCACUCUGCGUGACGAAAUAUGUAACAAAGCACUCACUCUGCCACGCUUUUUUUAAAGUGAGAAAUGGAAAAUGGACGUGAAGCUCUAGUGCUGAAAGAUAUCGAUGGAAAUACAAAAAAAAAAUUAUAUAUAUUAAAAUAUAUUGUAGAUACAGAAUGGUAGCUAUAUAGCUUAUAUGCUUUUAUUAUUGUGGUUAUUUAUCGGUAAGAUUAAUCGUGAUUAAUCGACGAACGAGAGGGUAAUUCAGGGGUAAUUGGACAGAUGAGUGAUUGCAGCAGUUGGACGAGUAUGGGCAUGAAGAAAUUCAGCAAAUGCAGAACCAAAUAAUUCUGGGAGUCCACUCACUUUUUUUUUGCAAUGACACUGAAUUGAAAUUUUCAAAUUAAUUAAUUAAAUCGAGGAAAUCCCCGAGUCGAGAGGAUUUCCUAUCGAUCGAAACGGAAAAUUCAAGAGCUAUUAAUGGUUGACACAGUGUAAAUAUUACAGAACGUGAUAAUGCGUUUGGAGAUUGCGUUGAUGCGGAAAUGAAGCGCGAAUAAAUGUUUAUGCGUUGAAAUGUAUUUUCGGGUGGAUAAAUAAUGGAAUGCUAUUUUGAAUGGCAGUUUAUGUGAACAUGAACUCUCACGGUACUGUUUCAAUUGUGGGAGAUACUAACAAUAAGAUUGUGGUGAGUGGAGAUCCCUGGUCGUGCACAAGUCAUUCAUUGUAAACCGAAAUUGCAAUAAUUCAAUGAUUCGGCAGGUCAGAUCGACAGAUAUUUAUUUGAGUUCAUUUUUUUUCGAAUAACGAUUUUUCAUUCCCCAGGGGGUGAUUUUUUAUUUGUGAAAAAUCCAUACGUGAAUGUAUAGAUAUUUAAUCAAUAUCGAAAUAUUUAUGAAUCGAAUGACGCAACCAUUAAUGUGUACGUAAAAUCACAUAGAUAUUUGUUUUUUAAUUGUUUGAAACAAUGAAUGGAGAAUAAGAUUUUAACAUUGAUGAUUGUUCAUGGAAAGUGUAUCAUAAAUUCUUGUAAUUAUAUACAGAGUAAAACAUCCUGAAUAUUUAUUUGUUUUUUUUUAAAUUAUCGGGGGAGUUGAUGAUAUUAUGAAUUUUAAUUUAUUUGAGGCUGCCCACUCGUCUGUUUAUUUCAAUUAUCAUGCAAAUCUGUAGCGACAAGUCUAGGGAUCAGUGUCUGAUGAUGACAAAUAACAAUCCGGAAGCGAUCAAAUUAUGAAGUCAUUGAGAUAAAUACGUCAUUUGUUGCGAUCUGUUUCUAUUAUUUUUUAUUAUCACAAGAGACUGUUCGUUGGAUGUCAGGUUGCAAAGAUAUUAAAUGAAAACGAUAAAGAUAAAAACCUGAUGAACGAAGUGAAAUUUACAAUUUUUCUAUUCAAUACCCAGUGUCCCAACUAGAACAAAUUCCGAGACAUGGAGAAUUCUGUAGUUCAGUGGAACAAUCUUAACGAGUACUAAUUCCAAAAAUAAUGAGCGAAUUUAUGUCCACUGGAUAAUUUUAUUCUCUUUGAAAUUUUGCGACUAGAUCGAGGCAGAAAUAAAUUCAGGAGAGAAGUGAAAAAAAUGUGACAAAGGGGAGGAGAAAUGAUGAGCGACUUAGGCUUCCGCUUUUUCACUAAUUCAACUUUCAAAGAUGAUUUACGAGCGGAAAUUAAAUCGCCUGUGUACGUCCGGCAAUCACUUCUAAACUCUCAAUCAAGAAUAAAAAAAAAAAAUAAUAAUAAUCAUAGAUUGGUCGCGAUAAUCGUCGGUAGAUGACCAAGAUUUUCCUCACAAAAAUCCAAUGUUCGAUUUUCACAGCCGGACGAGACCAGGUUGUGAUCCUAUUUUUUAAUCUAAUUAUAAACCGUAAGUUUUAGCCGCUGAUUAAGUUUGUAUGAGUGUGAGAAAUAAUUCGAAUUAUUGAAUUAAACAUGAUGUUAAGUUUUAUUCCUCAUCUUUCAUCAUCUGCGAUGAUAAACGCUGAAAAAAACCUGAAUCCUUAAAUCUCAUCCCGAAACAAUAAACCAAUUAUUUGGAAUAAAAUUGAAUGAAUAAUGUGAAAUCCACGUGAACCUUGAAGAAUCAUUUCAGCUUCUGUUUUUAUCGAUCUGUUGAUUCUGCUGUGCUUGCAGAUAUUACAUGAACAUUAAAUGUCUUGUUGAAAA